GCGACAAGUAGCUCACCAAGAAAUCUGCCUUACCUUUUUCCACGAUGCUGUGAACUAACCUCCAUUGAUGAGAUGUUUUCAUAUUUGCUGAUAGGUAUAUUGACCGGAAAGAAUUGCCCACCGGUCGUGCGUGGAUGAAAUAUUGUAGUUGUCUGUCUCGCGGUUGUCAAUCUAAAUCUUAUCAGACGAUGGUGUGCUAGGAUGUCGACAUCGCUAUCAAUGAUGGACCCAUCUGCAGUCAGGAUUCAAAUACAUAAAGUUUCACAUUGACUCUUCCACAGUCCGAAGAUCCAGAAUCUCAAGCUCAGAAGCUCAAGCUCACCUCCAGACCUUCAUUCACGGCCGACACAACUAAGGUAGUUCACAAUGAUUUUGGAAUACUUUCAUCAUUUCAUCGCCGAGCUGGGCCUCAUUAGUCUCUACAAAUCACCCCUCGAUACAAAACUGCUAUGCCUUCAACGCUUCACCCGAAUGUUUGCAUAUGCCACUGCCACCCUCAUCCUCGUUGAAUAUCUGUCUAUACUUCACAUCUCCAAGACGAAGAUAGGGGUCUUCAUGACGUUGACAUUGAUUGGAGACACACUGAUCAGCUUUGUUCUUACACUGUUCGCAGAUGCGCUGGGAAGGAAAUCUAUCUUGGCGGUGGGCUCAGGGUUAAUGAUGGGGAGUGGUAUAGUUUUUGCGAUCUGUGAGAACUAUUGGGUUCUACUUGCUGCUGCCGUUUUGGGGGUUAUUAGUCCCAGUGGAAAUGAAAUAGGUCCUUUCAGAGCAAUCGAAGAAUCCACUCUUGCACAGCUUACUCCCUCAUCAAAUCGAAGCGACAUAUAUGCGUGGUAUUCGUUGAUAGGAACAGCGGGCCAGGCGUGUGGAUUUGUUGUUUCUGGUUGGGUCAUCAAUUACUUGCGGAAUGAGUGCGGCUGGACUGAUGUCUCUACAUAUCGAGCGGUAUUUUGGAGCUACGCGCUAUUUGGAUUCAUUAAAUUUCUACUUUCAGUAGGACUUAGUCAAGCAGUGGAGAUUGAGAGAAAAGAUUUACCAGUCGAAGACCCUGAAAUUGCUCCAUUGUUGGGUAACGGAGCUGAAGAGGUGGUUGCUACGAAAAAAGGUUAUUUUGCCUCAAAGUUGCCCGAUAUAAGUAAGGAGAGCAAGAUAGUUGUGUUGAAUCUUUGCCUCUUGAUGGGGCUUGAUUCCUUUGCGUCUGGUCUUGUACCUCUUUCAUGGGUGACUUAUUUCUUCCGUGAGAAGUUUGGCAUUGAAGAAGGGAAACUGGGCUCUCUUUUUUUCACUACGAGUAUUAUAUCAGCUUGCUCAAUGCUAGUUGCUUCGUCUUUAGCAAAACGUUUUGGAAAUGUCAAGACAAUGGCAUUGACUCAUUUUCCCUCUACUAUCUUUCUCGCUUUGAUCCCCGUGCCUUCUAGGCUUCCCUUUGCGAUAACUUUUCUCAUACUCCGACAUUCCACAGCAUCUAUGGAUGCAGUACCGCGUUCUGCCUUUAUCGCCGCAGUCGUCCAUUCCCAUGAACGCACUGCGGUCAUGGGACUUUUGAAUGUCGUUAAGACAUUUGCGCAAAGUCUCGGCCCAGUCAUCACGGGCGUGUUGGCUGGACACAAUCUUUUCUGGGCUGUAUUUGUCUCCGCGGGAAUUCUUAAGGCUUGUUACGAUUUAGGGCUACUGGCUGUAUUUGCCGGUCACCAGACUCACGAUGACAAGGUAGAGGAGGAGAGGAGAGUGCUAGAAGCGGAAGCAAGAGCGGUUGCAGAGAGAAGUGCAAACCUGGAACGCUAGAUGACGCAUGGCAUUAAGUGUUAAGAAAUGGCCAAAGAUGAUACCAGUUUCAUUUUAGUUAGAUGUACAACAAUAGGCUAUAUGGGCUGUUUACCAAUCAUUAUCUGGUCUUUGUAGUAAGAGUUCAUCUGAACAAUUUUGUAAACUUCCACUAUAGAAAUCUUGGGACCUUUUGA